CGGAGGGAGAAGCGGGGAUGGGGAGGCUGGGGCUGCUUUUCUUCUGAGUUGUGACGUGUUUUGAACAAAGCGAGAUGUUGUGAAAUGUCUCGGUUGUACUGGUUUCACUAACUCAUUGUGCUGGGAAAGGACAAAUCCGUGUUCAGCCCCCCAGGACAGGGCGGGGGGUGGGGGGCCGACAGCCCCCUCAGUGAUUCCUCCGCAGCCCUGGGAACUGCUCGCGCUGCGGUGCCGGGAGGUCAGGAACCCGGAUAUCAGCACCACUGAAACGAGGAUAUCCUUCUGCCGCUGCUUUUACAUUUAAAUCGGUCUUGGGAUGUUUGUUCUUGUUCCAUUUUUGGUAUGGAAAACAUCCAGAACAGCUGAAUUUUUGCGAAAUGGAAAAUGUGCUUCCUCCCGCCCAUCCCCUGCAGCAGGGUUCUGGCUACUAUCCCCUGGUUGUGCGGCGCGGGGACGCAAGGAGGAUCGCCCUUCCCCUGUCCCCUCUCCGUCUGCCGCUGUGCAACGCGGGGCUUCCCGGGGAGCUCCGCAUCGCCGGCCCGGGGGGAGCGCCGACGUGCAAAGUCCCCCAAAUCAUGCAGCAUAGGCGGCGCAUCUCUGUCAGAUGAAAUGUUUGGUAUUGUUCUCUGGUAUCAUGUGCUUGGCAGGUUUGUUCCAAUUCCCUCCCAAUUCCCAGGAAGAAUAUUACCUGCAGGGGAUGGGGAUAUUUGCAAGCGAGGUGUUGGCAGUUCCACGAUGGAGCCUUAUGUUGGGAUUUGCAAAGGGACCGGAUUGCCCAGAGUGUUGUUCGUGGCUUGUGAGUACACUGAUGCAUCAAUACAUGAGCUGCAUCAGCUGAAAACGGGGCUCGCUGCUGCUUGGGGAUAAAUAGAAAGCCCUGAAAAGAUGAAACGUCUACAGGAAAUAGCAAAAGAGGAGGGACUGAGAUGCAGGUGUGAGCCUCUGUGGCCACUUUUGCAGGUGCUGGGGAAUGCACGGCAGGAAAUCUGCCCACAGGGCACCGCCAUGCUCACGGUGUACCCUGAGGGCUCCCAAACUGUGGUGCCCCUCUGUACAUGUGGUUUUCUGUGCCUCUGAGGCAUGAUCCUGCUGCAGGGCAGGAGGCUGAAGCAGCUUCCUCUGGGGAGGUCUGAUUUUGGAACUCUGGGUGCUGGGUCCCACGGCAGGCUGCAGGACAGAACCAGGGGCCACAGUGUGAGUUGUGGGCAGUGGUGGAUGGGGGCUGAGGGCAGCACAGGGCCCUGCACAGGUAUGGAAGGUGCCUGGCCAUGGGGCUCUGCAGUUCUACUGGCAGUGUCAUAGCGCGAGGUUAAAAUGAACUUAACCUUGAAGCGAGGGGGGAAGGGUUCUUUAGGUGAGGUGGUGGAUCUGGCAGUGUUUGGAGCCUUCAGACUGAGGUAUCUUUUUAAGAUCUGUACUUCAGUUCAGCAGCUUGAAGAAGUUCUAAGGAGUGCAGAUGCAGGAUCCCCUUGGCCUUUUAAUUUGUUAGUCUGCUUAUUCCUUCACAUCAAGAGGGUGAGUUGUGCUGCAGUGUCCUGAGAUAUGCACAUCACUCAUUCAUUUGGGUACAGUGAUGGCUGCACCCAAUUCUCACACUACAGGGCUGUGGGUGGUCCCUUGUGCUGUGCAGGAACAGUGCUCUCUCUCAGUGCGCAAUUCACCCAACAACUGCAGUUCUUGUUUUCCUCUGCAGCACCAGCAAUGAGCCAGGUGAGGCUGAUUGCAGUGGGAGGUCUGGGGAGGUGGGAGGUGAUGGCCCUACCAAGAGCCAUCUAAACCCCAAGAGGAGUUUCUGGUCAUGGAAGAUGAAGGAGAAGCAAUUGGGAGAGCAUCCAGAGAAGAGAAGCCCAAUGCAGUGAUAUGAAGGAGUCCUGAUGGCUGGCCUGGGAAUUGCAGAAUAAAUGGGAAAUUUUAUUGUUGGCAUUUGUGCAUUAAGACUCUUUGUUUCUGGGUUGCAUUUAAGGAUGUUGUAUUUAAGGAAAUGAAAUCAAGUUGUUUGUUUGUUUGUUUUGUGGAUUUUUUUUCCUUAGUCUCUGGCUGCUAUUAUUACAAGGUAAAACAAGAGAGCUACUAACAUGACUAAUUAAAGGGCAGUAGUGUGUCGUUCCCCUGGGCUAAUUAUUCUGUAGAAAAUGGGUCAAUUACUUGGAUAAAUUGUUUGCCAGCAGGAGGCAGGAAAAGGCCCCGCUGCUCCCUGUAGAAUGCUGCCUAUCUCCAGGUGAAGGCUUUGGAGAGUUGCUGGAGGCCAGGGUGUUCAGAUGCUUAGUGCAGACCAGGCAGGGAGUGGAAAUGUCUCACACUGUACAGCAGAAAUAAUGGUCCUUGCGUUUCUGUGACAACACAUGAAACAGGAGCAUCCAGAUGGUAUCUGAGCUCUUGGUGAAAAGACUGUGCAGGCAGCCAGAACAAGGCUAGUGAAGGCUUAGGCUUUCUGGACAGAUGACCAACAUCUCUGCUCAUUUCUGAUUAGUCAGAGGUCAGAGUUCCUGGUGGGAAAUGGUGCUUCCAAUAAGAUGUGGUGCAAGAUAGAGCCUGGACACUUGAUGGGCUGUUUAAAACAAACCUGAAGGGCAUCUACCUGCAGGUAUAUACUGCUCUUUAACGUGUCCCCGUAGGCUAAGUAAAAGUUCAGCUGCUUUAGAAAUUUAUUUGUAGCCACAUCUGAAUGAGAUUGUCGUGUGUGUAUGAGUUCAGAGGCCUCUAAUUGGUCUGUAUAAAAGAAAGUAGCAUGUUUGUUACCUUUGUUUUGUUCUAGAUUUUUAUUGUUGCCAGCACAGAAGUUUGCCACAACCUUAUCUCAAUCCCCUCCGCCCUCGCAGGCUUCUGUCAAAGCUGGAUUAGAUUACAGAGAGAAUCUUCUCUACCACAAAUAUGUGCCGUCUUGCUUUCAUUGCAUAAGAUCCAAGCAUUAGGAGUCAUUGGAUAAGUGCUGAUAGCACGAACAACAAAACAGGGAGGGCUCCUUCCCAGCUGCCCCAUGCUCAGGUGCGCUGGUGCUGAGCCUGCACCGGGGCUGCUGCCAGGCACUGUGUUGUGCUUCUCGACUCAUGUGGGAGAAAACGAGGUAUUUCUGAUGGGGGAAGCUCUCUUCUAGUACGGACAGCUGUGACACAGCAUGCUCUCAACUGCCUGUUUUCCUUGGUUUGUUUUUGCCCGGAAUAUAUGAGUGGGAGAUGGUCAGACUCACCCAGCUCCACCAGCUUAAUUUGGCUAAGAACUUUUGGCUGAACUGCAUCCAUACGCAGCUCUAGGUGGGGUGGGUUCUUGCUGCAAUUGGUGGUGUUGGCAGAGCUGGGUGUGCACAGCCUGCAGGAUGCUCUUCAGCCCAGGGGUCCUCCUUGGAUCUCGGAUUGGCUGAGGCUCACGCUGACAGGAACUAUGUGCUGUAAGUGGAGCUCCAGGCAGCUGAGCUGCUUUCUGUGCAGUUGAAGACAGAGGUGCAUAUAUAAAGUAGACACUUUAUGUUUUAAUGGAAUAUAUCUCAUGGAUAUGCAAAAGAUCUAUCUCUAUGGUGCAAGUUCUUUUUAGAGCUGAUUAUAACCUUUUGGAAACAGUGCCUAGUUUUGAUAUUUGUGUUGUUAGCUAUUACUGCUCACUGCAAAGGCAGCUGAAGAUUCAAUUCUUUCAUGGAUUAGCUACAGUGUAAUUAGGUUUUCAAAGAGCAGAUCGAUAGGUACAACAUGUUCUUUUCUAAAAAUGCCAUGUAUGCACAUGUUCUGAUUUACCUCUGCUUUUUCAUAGUAGCAGCUCCAGGAGCUGCAGCAGUGCUUAGUACUGCAGCCUCAGGUUGGGGUAUGUACUGUGGAGUGGGGGGGAAUUUUGGAUUUUGUUUUCUUUUUUCUUUCCUAGGUGGUGAAAGUAGAUUCUCGUGUUAGAAUUGUAAUUUGCAUGGUGUGAGACUGGACAGUCCUUGUUUCCCUAACAAUGUUAUGACCAUGACUAGAAUUUGCUGCUCUUUGGACCAGGGCUUAACAAUGUUUGGAGUACUAAAUAAGCUGUAAGUGCUAACAACAAUGCUUCCUCAGCAUCUUUCAUCUGAAAAUCUUACUGUUCUUAAUGAAUUUUGGUGCCUCUCUGUGAGGAAGAAAUUACUACUGUCAUUUCGCAGACAAGUGGAUAAAAUAAAAUGCUUUCAUAGAGACAUUCUGAAAGCCAUUUAUAUUCAGGAAUAUUAAUGCUUCAACUCGCUUUUGAGCUGCUAUAUUGUCUUUUCUCUUUUGCCAGAUACAGCUAUAGGUAUUAAUUUUGGUAGAAGUUUGGUAGAUUUUUUUUUUUUUAAUUGGGUUAGGAAACAUGAAAGUGAGACAUUAUUAUGCAACAUCUCUAAGUGUGCAUGUGAUACUUGAAAAAUGGUAAUCAGAUAAAUUGCUAAGCAACUGUACCCUGCCUUCAGUUACCAAAAAGCCAGUGACUUUGCUUUCAUGAUGUAACAUGCUCUAUACUUCUCCAUGAAGCACGUGUAGGUGGAGUUCUGUGAGAGUUGCUCCUUUUAACUCCCCUCCUGCUUGACUGCCAUAUUGUGAGGUCAGGUUUGACCGUGGUUUUACAGAAAUGUAUUCACAGAACCUGAAAGCGACAGAACAAAUGUUAGAUGAGCUGUUCAAAAUAAUGAAGUGUAAGUAAGUGUGUAUAUAAGGAAACAGCCAUUCUCUCCCACGGGCCUUCACCAGCUUGUAAAGAGCAGGCCAUAGCUCAUCCCUGGGAACGCGAGAGGUAAGAAAAUGAGUGAGAGGCUGAUGUUAAAAGGCACGCAUCAGGGAAAUGUGGUGAGCUGUGGGGAACCUUGAACACCACUGCAACCCAUUUGACCCAAGUGUUGAGAGAUGCAGUAAUGCACAAGAACCUGUAUGUAGAGCCAGCUGGUUCGUUCUCAUUGUCUUAGCAAGAAGGGAAUAGCAGGAACAUCAGCAGUGAAGUGUGCAUGGAGAAACAGUAAGUAGGACUCCGAUAACAUAAGGCAGAUUUAGGGGAUUUUGUUUGAAACCUGACUACCUGAUAGAUUACAGGAUCUGUCUUAGAAAUUCUGCAGGGUAACUGCAACAACAACAGAAUAGACUCUUGUUGGUUAUUCUAACAUUCUGCUUCUUGUUGGUGACCAUCCACAGCAGCAUUUGCAGCUCCUGUGGCUUGUGAAGCACCUGCCCAAGGUUCUCCAGUUCUCGCUGGUGUCAGCGCUUUUAGGAGCACUCUGAGAUUGUAGGCCUUCCAGAAGCCACAGUGUGCUGAUGUGGAGGUGUUUGGGAAAGGAUGCUCCUAAUCUUGAAGGUGCUUUGUUUUUUUGCAGGUGGCCGAAAGCUACUUUUUAUGGAGUUUUGCAAUCUUGUUGCUGUGCUCCUCUUCCAGCCCAGAUGUCAUCUCAUGGGAUGGUGCAGCCCUACCUCCUGCCUUUGGGAGGGAGUGCCAUGUUCUGUGCUCUAAGUACCUUGAGUCUAGGGAUCCCAGGGCCUGGCUGCUCCAUGCGCAGCUGGAAACCCCAACCAAAGGACAGAGGAAGGGGCGUGCUGGGUUCAUUUGGGUGACAUCUGCAUCACCCUCCGUGGAGGUCUUGCAGGGGUUAGAGGGUGGGGGUGCAUUGCUGAGAAGUUGUUUGCUUUCUGCUUUAGAUAAACUGAGCCUGGGUGCUGCUCAAGGGCUUCACUGUUGGUGGAACAUCUCAGUUUAAUUACCAGGUAGUGGCAUGGACAGGAGUUUCCUUCUCAAGUGCACUUUGCAAAUCAUGAAAAAGCAUAAGCAAACAGGUGAAGGAACACGCAAGUAGCCACUUGGCAGCCAAGAAUUUCAUUUCCAUCCAGUUCUCACUGGAUGAGUGCUGCUCCUUCGCUUACUGACGUGCAGCACUUGCCUGCUGGUGUUGGCAUCUGAGAGGAGCCCAAGUCUUGCAUAACAGUGGGCUUCAGAUUCUUUCUUCCUUUUUUUAUUGAAUGGCUGCACUACUGCUGAAUAUUUGUUGUAGUUGUUGAUUUUUGCUAAUACAAACAUUACACCUUUUUAAUCAUUAGCAUUUCAGUACAAAAAGUUCACUUAUCAUUUAUGUGACCUUUUCUGACCAGCCAAAGUGCUGUGAACUCCAAGGUCAAGCCUUUAUCUUCAAUGCUGCAUUUCUGCUCUUAUGUUACCGCACAGUCUUUGCUAACAAAGAGUUUCUUUUUCUUUCAAGUGUAGAUACACGUGCGACUGAAGCGAUGGUUUCUCAAACAUUUUGAGCUCAUAGAAAUGAAGGAGGCUUUUUUGUUUGCUUUUCUUACUGAAAAAAAGGAUCUCUUUCCUGCUGGGUGGAGGCCUGAAAGCCAGAUCUGGGAGGUGAUAUGGCUGAGUACAGGGAGGUUUUUGGUAGCAGCGUUCAGAUGAAUGGCAAAUCCCUUGAUUGGAGUUUCUGUGACACUGUGGGCGGCCGUGGGGCUGGUGCUAGCAAAAGGGCUGAGCUGCACAGCAAUGUGCAGGACAGGACAGAGCUGUCCCAGUGUUGUCCCCCUGCCAGGAGAAUUUCUCAGCUCCGCUCUGUCCUCACUCCCAUGCCAAACCUUUGAGUAAGGAACGGAGCGCUCGCACCGAGAUAUGUGGAACUCACCUGGCAAUAAAUAUACCCUUUUGAAAAUGUUGUACUUUGUUUUUUUUCCAGGGUGUGCCCAGCCUUGUGGCAAACAGUGGGUGUAUGUGUUUAUUAGCUGGCUUCAGAGAUGGGAAGCAAAACAAGUGACCCAGAGCACAGCUUCUGGUUUAAAAGCAGUGGUGUGUUUUUUGGUUUUCAGGUUUGUGCCUUGAAGGAGUCAAGAGUGUUACAGCUGCUUAUUUUGUAUCAUUUUGUUCUUCUCUCUUUUAUAGAACAAAUUAUAGUCAAAUAGAUCUGAGCAUGUAAAAAGAGUUCUCAGUGUUAUUUAAAAUGCAUUUCUAGGAAAUACUUUUUGAAGUUUUGUGUGCAAGCAUCUGAUAAAUAGCUCAGUAGAAACCUAUACUCUACUGUUACAAAAUGCAUACAGUGAAAAUAGCAUACGUGUGAAUAACUUACAGGAACAUCAAGUUUAGAGCAAUUUAAAUGAGAGCUAAUAAACAACAGCCGCUCUUUCCAGUGUGACGUAUAAGUACCUGGCUGUUAAAAUAGCAGCUAUUCCUCAUGGUAAGAGAGGUUCCAAAGCAGACGUUAACAUCAAUGCACGUGCAGGAAGUGCUUGGUGUGUCUCAUGAUACUCAGGUUACAUUGAUUUAAUUAGUAGUUUUAUGCUAUUCAUCACUCUGCUGAUCUUGGUGGGAAGGUUUUGUUGGGGGAGGAUUAGUUAUUUAAUCUGCAUUUUUUUUAAUUGGAAUAUGUUUGUAGAUCAGUGUGAUCUAAAGGCAAAUGGUGUAUUUCUUCUAUUGUUUGUAUUGUAUUUCUUUGUUUUUAAGAGAAAAUGUUUCUCUUGAAUUACUGUUGGAUUUGUGCACAAAAUUUUACGUUCAUUGGGAUCUGAUAAAUGUUUAUAAUAUCUAAAGGAGGUGGGGUGCAGAUGGAUGAGGCCAGGCUGCUCUUGGUGCAGCAACAGGACAAGAAGAAUAGCCUAAACUUUUAUGUAACAAUCUCCAUAAUAACAUGUGGAAUAACUUUUUUAUGGUAAGGGUGAUGGAGUGCUGGAACAGGCUGCCCAGAGAGGUUGUGGAGUCUCCUUUUGUGGAGGUAUUCAAGACCCAUUUGGAUGCCUACCUGUGUGAUCUAUUGUAGGGUACUUGUUUUAGCAGAGAAGUGGGACUUGAUGAUCUCUUGAGGUUCCUUCCAACCCUUGCAAUUCUGUGAUAACGUGAAGAUCCUGUUUGUUAUGCAAUCUGGCACAUAGUUGUUCUUGCUCUGUAACUUCGUCACAUGCCAUUAAUCUAGAAAAUUGCUGUGUGUAGACAAGCCCUCAGAGUGUGAGAUCUGUGAGACUGAAGUGGUUAUGUGCUGGAUAUUUUUGUGUUGGAACUGGCACUUCAAUGUGCGACUUCUGCACAAAGCAGCACAGUGGCACCCUGAGCGACAGUGCCUGAGAAGUGGAGGGCAGCUCAGGCAUGCGGCUCUGCUCACGGCCUGGGUCUGAUGUAGGGGCAGGUGGCAGCCGCCUCACCAGGGCAUAGGGGAAACAGGCUGGGGGCUGAAAAGGGCCUGCCUGUGUGAAGGUGUGGAGCAGAAAAGGGAGGGGAAGGAAUAUGUGGUUGGAGGGGGUAUAGGGAGGCAGUGUUAGAAGGAGGAUUGGGAUGAAACUUAAAAAAGUAAAUUAACAUAUUUAAAAUGGUUGAUGGGCAGGAAAAAAAGACUGAGCGGACACUUUCUGGUAGAUCCUCUAUGGUUAACUGAGCCCUUGUCUGAGAUGGCAGUGGUGAGGAACCUUUGGUCGUUGGCUCUAGCGCUAUGCUCCUAAUGUUUGUCAUGGCAGGGAUCCAGAAGGACAGUAUGGAGCAGAAGGACCCAGCCCAGCUUGGGGAGUGGCUGCCAGCCCGGGACUGGGGCAGGGGCAGCACUCAUCCGCACUUGGUAGAGGUUGGCCAUCCACACAGCCAGGUGCCAGGGCUGAGAUAGAUAUGUUGUAUUUUGGGUGUUGGAAGGUUCUCUCGCAUUGUGCCGCAUUAACAUUAACCUGUGCUGCUUUGCUUUAUGAAGGCUGCCUGGUCGCCACACUAGCUGCUGGUUGCACGCUCCUGUCUCGAAGACAGCAGCUGUCUGAAGCGGCUCGGACCUGCGGGGACAGCCUGGCCUCACCACGGAUGCUGUGAACUGGGAGCUGGCCAAAGUGGGAGAGCUGCUGGAUCCCUCCCAACAGAGUGCCUACCGGGGCGCGUGCGGAAGGAUGGCUGCGGCAGAACCUCUGACCGCUUUCUCCCGAUGGUACCUCUAUGCCAUUCAUGGCUAUUUCUGUGAGGUCAUGUUCACAGCUGCCUGGGAGUUUGUGGUCAACUUCAACUGGAAGUUCCCAGGUGUUACCAGUGUGUGGGCACUCUUCAUCUAUGGCACCUCCAUCCUCAUUGUGGAGAAGAUGUAUCUGUAUCUCAAAGACAAGUGUCACAUUUUAGUUCGCUGCUUUAUUUACACCCUCUGGACGUAUCUCUGGGAGUUCACCACUGGCCUCAUCCUACGCCAGUUCAAUGCCUGCCCGUGGGACUAUUCCCAAUUUGAUUUUGACUUCAUGGGCCUGAUCACCCUGGAGUAUGCCAUCCCAUGGUUUUGUGCUUCUUUCAUCAUGGAACAGCUGGUGAUCAGGAACACCCUGCGCUUGAGAUUUGAUGAGACUGCCGAGCCAGGGGCUCCUACUGUUCCCAUUGCCUUGGCCAAUGGCCACGUGAAGACGGAUUGAACCAUGACUCGGAGCCACCCUUAGCAAUCUGAGAGAGCCCAGACUCUACCACAGGCUGUUAGCUCUGGCUUCGAGGUACUGCUCCUUGCUGUAUGAUAAGAUUCAUAAACCCCAUUUUUCUAAUGGGGGUGUGCAUGGGAUAUACCAGAAAAAAAAAUGGAACCAAUAGAUUUUGUAAGGAUUUUACUCUUUGGGUUCCAAGGACCAAUAUCAGUUACUUGUUAGUUAGGUCAUUUCUGAUUUUAACUUAUUACAGAUGAAAGCAGUCCUUUUGCUUACACUUCUGUGUGGAGAAAGAAGGAGGGAAAAAAUACUAAGGUGGAAAAGUAUUCAACAAGGAAAAAUGGAAUCAUUGGAGGAUGGUCAUGGACACGCCAGCAAAGUCAGUGAUCGGCUUACUCCAUUAGGCAAUAUUCAGGUGCUUGCUUGCAACCAAUACCUCCUGUGGGACCUGAGAUGCUGCAGGAACAAGGAAAAUCCGUCUGCUAUGGAGAAGAACCUAAGGCUGGCAGUCUGCUGGGGAGGUAGAUGGUGUUCCCCUCAUGAGGUCCCACUGGCCUACCCCAAGGUUCUUUUUUUGCACCAGAAUAUAAUAUGGUGCUGGACAUCUUGCUGAAUUUAUACAAAUCUUGUACUUUUUGAAAUCUCGGUCCUGAUAAUAGAUUUUUUUCUUUUUUUUUCUUUUUUUUUUUCUCCUUUUUUUUUUUUUUUUUUUUUAAGAAAAAGCCUUUUUUGCUGAGUGAAUUUUACCAUAAUCUGUGCAAUCUGAAUCUUGGCAAAAGGCACAAUAAAUAUGUAAGUCUUCCCAUCUCCUCUGUCCCCCCAAAGCAGAACUUGUCUGAAGGGCUGCUGCAGAUUCCAGCUCUCAUCCCAACCAUGCAAACUUUGUAGAGACUAUACAUGCCACAAGAGUCUUCUGCCUUCCUUCCCAGGGAUUCCUCUGUUUCUGGUGAUGUUGAUGACUUAAUCUGGCUGCAACUCAUUGUAUUUGACCAAAGGUCAAAAUUUUUUUGUGGCUGAAGUGGUACCCAGCAUUCAGUCCUCUAGCACUGAUGGUCACCCUCCGUCAGCACUGGCAGCCCAGUGGUCUCCUCAGUGUUCCAAGAGGAUUUGCUCUUCUUUCCCAAAUUCUAUUCUAAAUAACUACAGCAAACCUUUCCCAUGAGAAUAACUGCAGGCAGCAAGAGAUAUACCAUGCUGUCUGAUAUAGGGAGACACAUUACUUCCAAAAACAAACACAAUUCUCCCUGAGGAGCUCUUCUUCACAGUUUGAGCAAGUUUUUGGGUUCUAGUGUGAGAGAAGCAAUAGAGAGCUGUAGGAGCAGGGAGUGCUGUGGCUCCAUUUUGGAGCUGCUUGCAUGGGGGCAGUUUGAAAUUUAACCUCCUGGGAACACUUGUAGAGUCCGGGAAAAGCUGUAGAACAGGAAAGGUGCCUGAUACUGGCAACCACAGGUUAAAUAAUGUGCUUUGGUAAGCCUUGGCUGUCAGAGCCACAAAAGUGGAAUUUCCUGUUGUCAGAAAUAUCGUGCUCGUGACAGCUUUACCAGGCAGGUUUGCUGUAAUUGUCUCAUAGGACAGAUUAAUUUUGAGUGUUCCUAUACUGUAAUCAGCAGAGCUGCAGCAGGGAUGAAUUUGGCUUGAAACACACGUGUUUGUCUGGUUGUGGGUUUCCACUCUUGCACUGUAAGCAGCCAGGUUAUUUUUGUGCUGCUCCUCUGUCUCAGGUAGAGCUCAGCUGUGAACGUUGUCCCUGCGGAAUCUUCUCCCAAGGGGAGAAGCACUUCUAGCCCUGUGAAGGGAAUCAUUGUCUGGUUCUGCCCCUAGAAAGCCAGUGUUAAUCCUUUCUGUGUUGCACAGUGUGCAAUUAUUUUAUUUCUCUCCUUCCCCCUUCUCACAUGACAUCCAUUGCUGGCAAUGGACACAAAUCAAUGGUGUCAAGGAGUUAAUCACAUCUGCCCUAGGAUACACAGUGUCUCUUAAAGCACUCUGAAUGUUUAGAUGGGUAUUUAGGGUUUCCUUUUUAUAGACCAUUAAGUUAAAAGAGAGCAAAUACUGAGUAGAUGUAUAUACUUUUUCCUUGCUGUGAUGGCAGUAUUAUAAAACCAGAGAAGCACUAUGUUGUUUGUCCGUCCUGAUGGUCUCGCGUGUACACACCCAGGCAAAACAGUCACCUCAUGUAGUGCAGGGGGCAAAAAGAGAUGAGCUCUGCUGAAUUAGAACAAGAACUGCAAGGUAUAGAUAAGAGCUGGGAUUUCAUCCCAUACCUGGAGGUGUUCAGGGCCAGGCUCGAUGGGCCCUGGGCAGCCCUAUAUGGUGGGUGGCAGCCCGGCCCAUGGCAGGGGGUAGGAACUAGAUGUUCUAUGAGGUCCCUUCCAACCUAAGCCAUUCUAUGAUUCUGUGAUGUCCCCGCUUUGGCCCUAAUUCUGUCAGGGUCAUGCAGUACCUGGAGCCGGGCUGUUCUCUCACAGCACAGCAUGGCUGUGGUGUGAUGCUGCCUCUUAUCUCCCCAUACCAUCUGAAACCCUCAGUUUCAUAGAAGCAUUCCUAGGAUCUCUGCUUUCUCCUUAGCAGCUACAAAACUCUCAGAAGUGUUAGAAGGAGCUAGUAGCAUCAUUUGGUGACUCUAUACCAGCUGCAGGUGGGACUAAGGGAGGAAGAGUUCACAGAGCUAACUUGGUACACAGCCAUGUGUUGUGACUGCAGAAGUUUCCACCAAAUGGUACAGUUCUUGCACAGUGAUGUAAUAUUUGGGUGCUCAGGCUAUGGAGGCGUCUCCCAGCAGCUACAACAUCUUAUUCUAUUAUCCCUAUUGCCUAUGCCAUUGUAACCACUACUCUGGUUUGCUUUCUAGCGAUGUCUGAUGCGUACCACCUAGAUAUUGCAUCCUUAGAGACUUGUAACUUACACCCAGAAGUGCACUUCUCUUGCAGUUUGCACACCAGAAACAGGAAAGGACCCAACAAAUUAUUAAAUAAUUUCAAAUAAUUCCCUGGACAACAAACAUUAUUGCAGGGUUUUGCUUUAAUACCAUGUACCUAACAAAGCAGGGUUAGCUAGACUUCUUGCUAAGCAAUGUGGCUUUGUCUCUUCUGCAAAAUCUCUCUUUUUAAUACGUGUGAUGCUUCUUACAACAUCUUACAGGAGAAGUGCCCAGAGCACGUUACUGAGGUCUUGGUGGCAGCUCAGCAUGAGCUCAGGAGCUGGACUGAAGUGAUACAGACACUUACAUUGUGAAGGAAAGAAAAAAAAAACAACGCACAAGGCCUAACCGUUUGUUUGUAUGUGUAUCUUCCUUGGUAGAUUAAAGUUGCCUGUUUUGAGUUCACCAGCAAUAAAAAAAAAACUUGUGAUUUAUCCACCUCGUCCUAACUCUGCAGCAGGAAGGAGACAGGGGCCCUGUGCUGCUUUUUGAGGAGGGUGGGGAAUGGGAGUGGUGGAUUUUGGGCUCAAAGUACCCCAGGGUUCUACUUUUGACUCCCUGGUAUUGCUUAUCCCUCUCUCUGUCCAUCCUAAGGGGUGCACACGUACAUGAUAAAAUACAGUUCUGCAUCCUCGGCACACGGAGCAGUUCAAGCAUUGUUGUGAUGAUGUCUGUGCACAUUGCAGUGAUCUUGCCAGAGGGAAACAGUUGGUUCAAAGCAGGACGAGACCACAUUUUGAUAUUGGCGUUAUAAUUGAGAGAAAUGUGUACAUAUGUACCAGGUAUAAUUAUGCCUUUGGUCUGAGUGCAUUUUCUGAUUAAAGCAGAAUAAUCCAAUCAA